AUGGUAAUGCUCGUCUGUAUUGCAUUGCAAAUGAAUAGCAACGAACAGGAAAGCUUUGAGUUUAGCCAUGCCACCAAUGCUAGCCUUGACGACAACUGGAUAGAUUAUCAAGUCAGCUCAAGACCUUCCAGCUUCGGGGAUCAUGAUACAUUUGAGGAAAGACAUGCUUUUAUCGAAAAAUCUCAUCAAAUUCAUCUCCAAGAUGCUCUUUCCUACCUCGAGUCAGCUUUCAAUGAUAUUACAUGA